UAUAAGGAGAUAACAUACAAAGAUGGAAUGAUAGAGGUAGCUCCGCUACCAUUGCUAAUAUACCGACUUGUACCGACAUCAACAUACUAUCCAGAUAAGUCCUACAUCUUUGCAUUCCUCUUGAAUUCUCGGGUCUUCCUAACACCUCACCAACUGUUUCAACAAGUCUGCGAGGCUUGCAAACAGCAGGAGUCCUUGUUGGAUAAGCAAAAUAUUGUUAGUGGAUUGUUGUUUUUAUUAAUAUUAUUAUUAUUAUUGCUGUUACUAUGGACAGAUAAUUUUGCCUAUGACUUUCGAGAUGAGCGAAUGAUAAUUUUAUUAAAAGAAAUGAACUCACUCAUCUUGAAACAUCACCUCCAUUUUAAAAAAGAAAUCACCAUUAUCACUCAGAAUCUCUACAGUAAGUUGCAAGCACUGCAUAAGUAUGAAGACCUUUUGGACAAGAUUAACAUGGAGGUGUCUAGUAGGACUAAUAAUCUCUUACCCACUGUUAGUCUGUCUACGGACAUAACAGAAACCUGCCCCAAUCCCCUCUUCCUAGGCCACCAAUUGACGCACAUCGAACUCGAGCGGCUGAGUAUGAUUGGUCCAGAGGAGUUCAUCCAGGACCACGCCCUACGAUCUGUUCGUUCUGAUUGGCUGUUGCUCUUUCGACGAUUCCUAAAGAAGUUAACCAACAUCGAUUCUUAUGUGCAUUGGUAUAAUAGAUUGAGCUACUUUGUGGCUACGGAAAUUUGCAUGCACUUGAAGAAGAAAAACAGAGCGCGCAUGAUUGAGUACUUCGUGGAUGUGGCCAAAGAGUGUAUAAACAUCGGCAACUUCAACUCUCUGAUGGCCAUUCUAGGGGGCCUCAAUAUGCCCGCUAUACAGAGGCUGAAGAAAACUUGGGCCAAGGUUAACAAAGAAAAAUUCGAAAUUUUAGAGCGGCUCUCAAACCCCUGUGGCAACUUCAAUAGCUACAGAUCCUCAUUGAAGGCUGCCCUCUGGAGAAGCGAGGGGGCUUCUGAUGAUAGAGAGAGAAUCAUAGUCCCGUUUUUCAGUGUGAUGCUCAAGGAUAUUUAUAUGCUGAACGAAAAUAAAGACCUUCCCGACAGGUUCUCAAAUGGCCAUGUUAACUUUAAGAAAAUUUGGGAAGUAACAAAAGUUGUCAACGAGUUCAUGGCGUGGAAGCAAGUUGAG